AUGGAGUAUAUGAGCACUGAUAGUGACAAUAAAGGGGAGAUUGACUUGUUGCUAACGCACUUAAAUGUGUCUGAUGUGAUAGACAUUAUGGAGAACUUUUACCCAAAUGGAGAGCUGGCAGUUUACGAAGACAGUCUGAUUACUAUGUGCCAAGAAACAAAUCAAAAUGGGGGAUGUACAGAAUCCUUAUUAUUCCGUGGAAGAGAGGUUUCUUUGCUGUCAUGUGUCAGGUACGGGACUGAGGAAGACUUGCUCGCUUUUGCAAAUCAGGUGUCCAACACUGCAAAGCAAAUUAAUGGACAGAGACGACAAGAAUCUGGAAUCCUAUUAAACAUGAUCACUCCGAAAAAUGGGCGCUAUCAAAUUGACUCUGAUGUGCUUUUGUUUCCAUGGAAGCUGACUUACAGGAAUAUUGGCUCUGAUUUUAUUCCUCGAGGAGCUUUUGGGAAAGUUUACUUGGCACAAGACAGAGAGACAAAAAAGCGAAUGGCCUGCAAGCUGGUCCCAGUGGAACAGUUCAAACCGUCAGAUGUUGAAAUCCAGGUCCGCUUCCGCCAUGAGAACAUUGCUGAGUUAUAUGGUGCUAUUCUGUGGGAUGAGACUAUCCAUCUCUUUAUGGAAGCAGGAGAGGGAGGAUCUGUCAUGGAAAAGUUGGAGAGCUGUGGGCCUAUGAGAGAAUUCGAGAUCAUUUGGGUGACAAAGCAUAUCCUCAAAGGACUUGAUUUCCUUCACUCAAAAGGAGUCAUCCAUCAUGAUAUAAAACCCAGCAACAUUGUUUUCAUGUCAACUAAGGCCGUUUUGGUGGAUUUUGGUCUAAGCGUUCAAAUGACAGACGACACCUACUACCCCAAAGACCUCCGAGGAACAGAGAUUUACAUGAGCCCCGAAGUGAUACUCUGCAGAGGCCACACGACGAAAGCGGACAUCUACAGCAUGGGGGCUACCAUCAUUCACAUGCAGACUGGCAGCCCACCGUGGGUGAAUCGAUACCCUCGCACCUCAUAUCCAUCGUACCUCUAUAUAAUACACAAGCAAGCGCCCCCGUUAGAGGACAUUGCAGAGGAUUGCAGCACCAGCAUGAGAGAGCUGCUGGAAGCUGCUCUGGAAAGGAACCCUAAUCACAGACUGUCUGCUGCAGACUUACUAAAACAUGAGGCCUUGCAUCCUCCACCAGAGGACCAGCCAAGGUGCCAAAGUCUGGACUCAGCCCUGUUUGAAAGGAAAAGGCUGCUGACAAGGAAGGAGCUGGAGUUGCCAGAAAACAUUGCGGAUUCAUCUUCAUGUACGGGGAGUUUGGAGGAAUCGGAGCUGUUAAAAAGGCAAAGGUCACUGUACAUAGACCUGGGCGCUUUAGCUGGCUACUUUAACAUUGUUAGGGGACCACCAACAUUAGAAUAUGACUGACUCUAGUGAUUUCUUGUGUCUGCUGGUCAGAG